UGAAUCACCCUGUGGAAUGUGAAGCCGCAACAAUCAAACCAGACAAACAAUGGCUCCUACUCCUAAAAGGCGAAUCAAAAACCCUAAACACUCAUCACCAUCACCAUCAUCUUUAUCUUUAUCUUCAAUUCAACCACCGCUCACCUUAUUGCCGUCCAAAACAGACUUCUUCAAGCUCCUCGCCGUCGUCUCCGUCGCUGUCACCGUCGCAAUCGGCUGCAACUACGUCGUCAUUGUUUUCAACCGUCAGCCGAAGCCGUUCUGCGAUAGCCACACCGACAUCGAUUAUUAUCUUUCCGAUAAUUGUGAUCCUUGUCCAAGUCAUGGCAUAUGUUCUCAAGGAAAAUUAGAAUGCAUGAGUGGUUAUAGAAGAUAUGGGAGAUCAUGUCUAGAAGAUGGAUAUAUUAAUGAAAUGGCUAAGAAUCUCGCAAACAUGGUAGAAUCUCGUGCCUGUGAAUCAUAUUCUGACUACUUGUGCAAAGGAUCUGGCAAAGUUUGGGUUCAAGGAGAUGAGUUAUGGAAUCAUAUGGAAAAGGACAAUGCUACCUAUUUAUAUGCAAAGCAAAAGGCAAUGGAGAUUGUCGGUAAUUUGUUGGAGAUCAGGCAUACUGGCACUGGGAUUAAGGAGUUGAAGUGUCCAGACUUGCUCGUGGAACAUUAUAAGCCACUGAGCUGUUCCAUUCGUCUAUGGCUUUUGGAGCAUGCUUUGUUCUUAGCAUCCUGUUGUUUUUUGCUCAUGGGGUUUGGAUUGAUGUUGCAAAGACUUCGGCGGAGACAUUACUUAUCAGUUAGAGCCGAAGAGCUAUAUGAACAGGUCUGUGACAUACUUGAAGAAACUGCUUUGACUUCAAGGAGUGUGAAUGGUGAAGGUGAACCUUGGAUAGUUGCAUCAUGGUUAAGAGAUCAUAUUCUUACACCCAGAGAAAGAAGAGACCCGCUUUUAUGGAAAAAGGUGGAGGAGUUGGUUCAAGAAGAUUCUCGUUUAGACCGGUACCCAAAAAUGCUGAAGGGUGAACCCAAGGUCGUGUGGGAGUGGCAAGUUGAAGGAUCUUAUUUGCAAUCGUCCGGCAAGAAGAAAAAAGAUAAUAUAAAGGAACGGAAGUUAAGUGAAGGGUCAAACAUGGGUUCUAAUCAAGAUCUCAAGAGACUGAAGCCUGGGGAGCUACUCAAGUGCUAAUUCUUGUAACAUGAUCAUAUGCAUGCAUAUAUGUAUACCCACAUACACAUGAUAUGUACAUUUCAGAAGGGCCUAUUUCUAGGUAUACUAAACAUUCCUAAGCUCACCAGGUGAUUUUGGCAUGAUGUUGUAUCGAAAAAUUGGACCAAAUCAACAAGAGUAUGAUUAAUGGUUUGGUUUCUGGUAUUGUAUGUGGUUUCAGCCUUCGCAUGUUAAAAUCAUUUUGUUAGUGCA